AUGUCAACCGCUACGCACCGUGGCCCUCGAGCUGGUCGGAAGUCAACCGCGGAUAUGGGCAUGGUCCAGCACGAUCCUGAUAAUGAAGAGAAUCCUCCUUUGUCUGGACGCCCUAGCCGUGUUGCUUCACAGGGUGCUUCGAAAAAGUGGGCGUCGAUGAUCCCAAAGAGUCGUGCGCCGUCAAAACCAAAACCUGAUUCUUCGGAGCAGUCAACCGAUAAGUCAAACGCCUACCAGCCUAUGCAAGCAGUAGUUGCAACGAAGCCGGACAAGGAAAAGCGCAAGAGAGCGGAGUCUGUAGUUGAGAGAGGUGGCCUGGUCGGUCAUCGCGCUGAAGAGGAAGUGUCGGAGCGCCACAAGCCGAAGAAGGCCAAAGUUGUGCGCUCCGUCAAAUCUGAUGGUUCAAAAUCUAGGCGACAUGGACCUGCAGUCAUUAACGAUGAUUCGGACUCCGGAACAGACAUCCGAAUUGCGAAGCCAAUCCGAGUCAAGUCCUCCGGCGCUACUAGGUCAGCGCCACUUCGCCCGAAGUCACAAGAGUCUAGUGUUAUGCGCUCCCAGCCUCUUGCUCGUAUUCUUCCACGGGCUGCUACUCCUGCCAACAUUGAAGACGCUCUCGGUGACAGCGGCGAAGAAAGACAGGGCACCCAAUCACAGGAGGAGGAUGACGACGAGGAAGUGCCGGAGCCUCGUGAACAAUGUGACGACUUCGAUGUGGAGCGAGUCAUAUUCUCACACUCAGAUACUAGCGAUGGUCUCACGACACAUGAGGUUGCGGAUGACUCGGACGAGCCGGAUGCUCCUUCAUCGCAGCGUCGAGGCUCUUCAUCGCAGCGUCGAGGCUCUUCGUCGCAAAAACGGCGCAAGCCUCUCCGAAAUACAAUCGUGGAAUCGUCGGAUGAAGAAGGUGUGGAGGAGGCCAGAUUUGAGGUGUCGACCAAGGUCCCGCGUCAGUUGACGGAGAAACAACGGAAAAAAUUCAAGCAGGAGAUGCCUGAGAUUCGCCGACCUGUUACGACUGCCAUACUUACUGAGGGUGGGGUUGAUGGUACAUCAGACAACAUGGUCUGGAUGGCUCGCACCGAGAUCGACGUCAUACAAGGAAAGCGGAGCAUCAACAUGCAGAUGAAAGACCAGAAUGCUAUAAUGCAGCAAGUCCUGCACCGCGCGUUCGAAAUUGGCGAUAGAAUCAUCGCAUUUGGUUCUGAUGACGAGUCCGUCCUCAGCAUGGACUUCGCGGCGCUUCACGGUAUCAUCACGCCUUUCGAGAAAGACGGCAUGGAUGGUAUUGCAUUGAGAGCAAUGAUUGAGGCAGCAGAACAGCUCGGGUAUGACGGUGAUGGCGACAUAGCGCAACGCUUAGAAUUGGGGUCAACUCGCAACUACAUCAGACCCCUCGUGUCACAUCGACUAGGUCUUUUCCGUUCUGCGAUCAAGAAGGCUGUGACGCCGACAGUCGAGCACACUUUUCGACUCGGUCUUGGCGAUGAGCCUGCAGACGGCAUCCCCAGUAAGGCUGCGCUGCUCAAGGAAACGAGCUAUAUUUAUCCAUGGGAUGCGAUGGGACUCGCAUUCAAUCAAUCUGCUCCGUAUGAGAGCUCUAUUAUCAAACAAGCCAUACGGGCAUCAUUCUUUGUCUCCGCGCAGUAUGUUAAGGUCGGUUUGCUGAACGGAAAAUCGUUCGUCUCCUCGUAUACUGCCGCACCCUCUGAGAGCGAGAUACCACCGACUAUGUUGGCAUUGUGCAUGACAGCGGUUGAGUCAAUCAUAUCCGAUCAUCAGCUGAAGCUCGCAAAGGCGUCAGACUUCAAUGCCACGAACGCAGAGAUAUAUCGGGACCACCUCGUUCGUCUCGUCGGACUUCGCCGACAGAGACCAAAGCGUUACCAUCGGAUCAUGCACGAGCUAUUCACAGCUGUGACAUCUGGACAUACUCUGCAAGGCGUGUUACAAGGUACAUCGAACGGAGCAGGCGUCGACUGGAGCCAUAUACCCGAUGAGUAG